AGUCAUAAAAGUGGGAUGGGGGUUAUUAUCAGGAACCACAGAGGAUUCUCGAUAGCCGGAGAUAGUUUCCACAGUAGCCACAACUCGACUAUUGAAGUAGAAGCAGAUGCAGUGGUCAAGGGACUCCAGUUGGCUGCCCAUAUGAAGAUACAAAACAUCAUCCUUGAAAGUGAUUGUCAAGAAGUUAUCCGUGCUCUAGAUAAUACAGAGUUCUGCCCAAACUGGAGAAUUUCUCCAAUGAUUGACAAAGUGAAUCACCUAAAGCCUCUGUUCAACGGGAUCAAGUGGAAGCUUGCUAAGUUGAGGUUGUGCUCCCAGGAUUGGGCCAAUAGGCCCCCAACCUCUUUGAUAUCUAUCUUGAGAAACGAUGGUCUACCUGGCCCUCCGUCCUCAACUAGUGAUCGGGUCUUUUGAGGCGAUGCAGCUCUCCUUUCCUUCUUAGUUGCUUUAGUUGGCUGUUGCUUAGUUUAUUUAGUUGGCUGCUGUAUUCUCUUCCUCAAUUAGUUUCUGCUUUCCUCUUUCUCUGUA